AUGGCUGCUUCAGGGGGUAGUCAAGCGAAUAAGCUAUAUGUCUUACCUGCUGAUGUAAAAAAAACUACCAAUGUGUUAAAAGUUACUGUUGAGAAACUAGUCGAGCGCAGUAUUCAGUUAGACAUGUUAAACGAACGUGCUGAUGAUUUGAGUUCAUCAUCGCACCAUUUUCACGAUUCAGGCAGACAUGUCCAACAAAGAAUGAAAUGCCGAUAUUGGAAACUAUCGAUUGCCAUAAUUCUAAUUGUUUUGGUUCUGAUUGCCUUCACUGUUUUAAUGGUAGUACGCCCAUGGAAAAAAAAAUCGUUCUAA